AUGAUCGGCUUGGCCAGUGCACAUCCCAAUGUGGUGGCUGUGUAUCGGGUGGUGACAGUGGCGAAUGAGGUGGAGGCGCUGGAGGUGGUUACUGCGGACGGCUACAAUUUCAAGACCUACAUUGUCAUGGAGUACUGUCAUAAGGGCACACUGGAGCAGCACAGGGAAGAGGGGUGGGCGCUGCUGCGAUCGGACUAUCAGAGGGGCCUGGUGUGGGUGCUGCGUUGCCUGCUGGAGGUCGUGUAUGGCAUGGAGUACCUGCACUCGCUCUCCAUCGUGCAUGGGGACCUUAAGUGCGGGAAUGUGGCGGAUUUUGGGCUGAGCCAGACGAGCAUGACAGAUGGGGUGUCAGCAAUCACGAGCAAGCCUGGCACGGCGGUGUUUGCCGCCCCGGAGCUGCUGCGAACUGGCAGCCUUGCGGCAGAGAGCGAUGUGUACUCCUUCGCGGUGGUGGCCUGGCACUUGAUCAGCAUGGGCAGCGGGCUGACAGACCUGGAAGACAUACAAGUUACAUACCAGGUGCUGGAGGAAAACUGGCGGCCGGACUUCCCAGAGAAGACCCCAGAGGCCUUUAAGGAGGUGAUCAGGGAAUGCUGGGCGACAGACAGGAAAGACCGGCCCAGCUUCAGGGACAUCCGCGGCAGCCUUACUAAGAUGCUCAAUCAGGAGGUGAUGACAAGGAGGGAGAGCCUUAAAGUACAGCGCUCAGAGCUUGGUGUGCUGGCGCUGCUCGGGGAAGUUUCACCCCCUCCGCGCAUUUACUCCGCCGCGCUGCACAGCAAGUGCCUCUUGCUGUCGCCCUCGUCAAAGGUUUUCAGCAGCCAUGAGGGGCAGAACGGAACCGAGCAGCAUUUCUGCGGCGUGACUAUCACCGAGAUGCUGCUCUGGCUGCGAAGGACUGGCUUGGGCAGAAAGAAGAGCCCUGAACUGUUGCCCCAAUCUGCCGACCAAGCCAAGUUGACGAAGACGCUGAGCGAAGUCAGGACCCUGCUCAGCGACAUAGAAAUGGGGCCGAACAUCGGCGCAGGAACAUUUGGGAGCGUGUUCAAAGGUCGCUGGAAGGGGACGAGCGUGGCAGUGAAGAUCGUGUCCCACCAGGGCGCUGGGUACCAUACGAAUGCACAAACAUCACGAGAAGCAAUGAUUGGGAUGGCCAGCGCACACCCCAAUGUCGUGGCUGUAUACCGUGUGGUAACAGAGGCGAACGAGGUAAUAGCAUUGGAGGUCAUUGCUGCGGACGGCUACAAUUUGAAGACCUACAUCGUCAUGGAGUACUGCGAUAAGGGCACGCUGGAGCAGCACAGGGAGGAAGGAUGGGCGCUGCUGCGGUCAAACUACCAGAAGGGGCUGGUGUGGGUGCUACGGUGCCUGCUGGAGGUUGUGUUUGGCAUGGAGUACCUGCACUCGCUCUCCAUCGUGCAUGGGGACCUCAAGUGUGCCAACGUGGCAGAUUUUGGGCUGAGUCAGACGGGCGUGAAAGAUGGCUUGUCGGCGGGCACGGCGGCGUUUGCCGCCCCGGAGCUGCUGCGAACGGGCAGCAUGGCAGCAGAGAGCGAUGUAUACUCCUUUGGGGUGGUGGCCUGGCACUUGAUCAGCAUGGGCAGCGGGUUGACAGACCUCGGGGACAUACAGAUCGCGUACCAGGUGCUGGAGAAGGACUGGCGGCCGGACUUCCCAGAGCAGACUCCGGAGGCUUACAAGGACGUGGUCAAGAGGUGUUGGGCCACAGAGAGGGAGGCCCGGCCCAGCUUCAAGGAAGUCCGGGGCAGCCUUACAGACAUGCUCAACCAGGGACAAAAAACUCAUCCAGUGGAUCGCACCAAGUACGAGGAUGACGACGUCAUCUUCAAGCCCAUGCCAGCGGAGGUUGCCACGCGAAGAGAGAGCCUGCGCUCGCAGUGCUCCAGGAGUGCAGAGGUGGAUGUGCUCGUGGUCCUGGAGGCCAUUAAUAUGAGCCCGCGCAACCAUUCAAGUUGA